ACAGGGGCAGUGAAACCGGUGCACAAUGUUAGCCAUCGACUGUCUGGUUGGCGGUCUGCUGCUCGGUUCGCUCGGCGUGAACACGCUGGCACUCGGUGCGUUCUGGACGACACCAAGUCUGCGGACCACCGCCAACCGGUUCGUGAUCAACCUGCUGAUAGUGAAUCUCGUCUGCUGCUUCAUACUCGGCCCAUCACUCUUCCUAAAUGCAUUCACCGGUAAGACACCGGUGCCGACGCCACUGCCGGCUGCGGUCGAACUAUCACCGUCCACACCGGCGGCACAUUACGACCCGACGGGUGGAGAGUAUGGUACGAGCACUGCUGCGGCAGCAAUAGUACAGCGUAGCGAUACGGUAACACCGACAAGUUCUCAGCCCAAUCGGACACGGAUAGUGCGGUGCCCGAAAAAUGGCACGAUGGGAAGUGUUGAGGAUGGUGGUGCAAGUAAUUGUGAUAGGACGGGUGAUGAUGGUGGAGGAGGAGGAGGAGGAGGAGGCGGCAGCAGAGCAGAUGAGGAGGACGAAACGCCCUUCAUCCGCACAAGUCCCGUCCAUCCGGGACCGACGGAUGCGCUGCAUCCCAAUCUAACCCUCACGAAGAUACGCUGCUGGGGGUUAGAUCUGGUGGUGGCGCUUGGAGCUCUCUCGGUACUGCUGGUGGUCGGUGACACCUGGUGUGCCAUAACCGAUCCACUGCGCUACCAUUCCCGCAUAUCGGAGCUGAAGGCGUGGGCCUUCAUCAUCGCCAGCUGGGCGCUGGGGAUCGCGUUCGGUAUUGCGUCCGGCUUCCGGGGUGAUCAGAAGUACGUCACCCUGUUCAAGAACCGGCUCACGGCGGAAGAGGUGGCCGCCAUCGAAUCUAGUCAUUGGGCUCGCAACCACACCGGCACGAACGGUGCCGCGACCGGUUUGCCCAGCACGGAGGGUUUCAUCAACCAUCUGAACAUCUCGGAGGAUCUGUACAACACGAUCUUUUCGUACGCGUACUUCGUGAUCGUCAUACUGAUCCCGUUCGCGCUCGUGUGCGCCAUGUACUGGCGGAUAUUCUCGGAGGCGCGUGAAAGUGGACAACGGAUGCGACAGAACGGAUCGUCGCCACUGUUGCAGAGUGCGCUCAAUCUCGUCUCGGCCCAGAAGCAUGCUGCGGUCGAGAAGCAACAGAUGCUGGAGCAAGGCCAACAGCAACCGCCCCAUCCGGUGAUACAACCGAUGCCAAGCAUUCCCGAACGACCAGGUGAGAAGGGUGAUUGCGAAGGGCUAACCAUGAAGAUCGACAAACAGAUCCACUACGAGGAUGAAACGAUCACGAUCAGCAGUAUACCGCAUCACCAUCACCAUCAGCAGAGGGAUUCGUGCUUGAAGCCACUGCUGCAACAAUCGCCAGUUCCAACGCCGACGCACAAACCAACGGCACAGCAGCAAGCGCAACAGCUCGAUGUCGCACUAGAUCGGCCCGAUCGAAGUCCGCAGGUGGUACAGAUCGCAACGCCAACAUCUGCCGCCAUAGCAGCACUACCGAGCGUGCUCAAGUCUCCGCUGCGACACGAUCGCAACCAUAACAGUAUUCUGAUGCAGCAGCUCCCGGCGGAGAGUAGUGCGAGUGGUCCGAUCCCAACGCAUCCGGGUUCGCCCGCGACCGGGCUCGGUAAGGUGCGCCGUAACCAUAGUGCGGGUCGGUUGGUAAGCUUCAGCCAGGAGGAACCGUCCGAAGUACCGAUCGGUGGGCUGCGGCAGGUUCAUUCGACACCCAACUUCCAAAAGUUCAGUGCCGCCGAGUUCGAAAGUCUCGGCACGCACCACAUCCUAUCGCUGCCGGCCGUACACGUACCUCCCAAGGCGCUCAGCUACAUGACAUCCAUCCGGCACCGGUUGUCGAACGCGUCGUCACUGUUCAAGUACCGGGAGGAGUCGCGCGCCGCCCGGAUAAGCAUCCUGGUGAUCAUUAUGUUCCUGGUGUCGUACCUACCGUACGGCAUAUUGGUGCUGAUGCAGGGUCACGUCGAUCUGAUCAUCGUGUCCGACCAAGCGCUGCUGGCGAUCUUUACCGUGGUGAUCGCGAACCUUAGCUCACCGUUCAUCUUUGCCUACCGCAACAAGCGUGUGCGGCGCGGUGUGAAGCGACUGCUCGGCAUCGACAAGAAGACGAACGAGCGGCUCCAGAAGCUGACCACCAGCAACACACACUUCAACAACCAUCCAGCGGUGCAGCAGCAGCAGCAGCACCAGCAGCAUCUCGGUAACUACGGUGCCAACAUCACGCUGGCCAAUUCCGUCGGCCAGGAGGAUGAGGUGCCGGAGGGAGUUACCGGUGGCGGUCACAAGUCAUCGCACAAGGUGCGCAUCGCCGGGGCCGCCGGCCCCGUUGUCGGUGGCGGGCUGACGCGCAGCAAUAGUUCGUGCAAGUAUCUCACGCCAAAUCACGCGGCGGCCGUGGCCGUGGCGAACGGGUACAUAGUUGAGUUCGAGCGGUAUCCCUCCGACGAGCUCAAUAGUCUCUGCAUACAGAAGAAAUCGAUACUGAAACGGGUCUGUGAUAGUUCGCGUAAGUGGGGCUGCAACUUUGCCACCAAUUCCUGCACGAGCAACGACGAGCAGACGGAGGUAUAGCUAUAAAGGGAGCUCCUGAUAUAAUACAGCGGGAGCCUUUGCGGUCAGUAAGAGGUUAGGUUAGAUAGUAUGUGCACGGGUGCCAAAAACCA